AUUGAAUUAAAUCGGAUUUUGCGCCAAUAGCUACGUAUAUGUAUGUAUGUAUUUAAAAUUUAAAUAUAUACAAUGAAAGGGAAAUUCUUGAUCUACAUUCUUAGCGGAUCUUCCCUUCUCCACAAGACAAGCGACAUAUAUGAUGAUAAUAAUAAUAUUAAUAUAAAAGCGUCUCAUUUCAAUAAACUGGUUUUUCUUUUUCCUAGGAAGCAAAAAAAUACAAUAAAUUUAUUCAAAUCGCGAUGAUAUAAUUAGUGGAUUUUAUUCCUUGUCUACACUUCGUCUUGAAAUGGAUAAAAAUGAGAAAAAAGAAGUUAAACAUCCAAGAGAAAAUGCAAAUAUUUUUUCAGUUCUCAGCUUUACAUGGUUGUACAAAAUUUUUUUUCUGGGAAAUAAGAAGGAAUUGGAGGUAACGGAUCUUUAUUCACCUCUUAAGGAGCAUUCUAGUCAUCGAUUGGGUGAUAAAUUAUUGAAAAUAUGGAAGGACGAGGAGAGUAAGUGUGAGAAAAAUGGAAAAACAAAACCAAAUUUAAUUAAAGUAUUGGCUCGAUGUUUUGGAAUGAGAAUAUUAUUCAUCGGUUGCUUUCAAGCUUUCACCGAACUUGUCGUCAGAAUAUGUCAGCCUGUAUUUCUAGCGAAAUUAUUAACAUUUUUCCACACUGGCGAUGCAUUCACGAAUCCUGAAGUUUUUUAUUGGGCGGCAGGACUUGUUUUAUGUUUAAUUAUUCAUUGCAUUAUCUUUAAUCUCGCUCUACACGGAAUGACUCACAUGGGAAUGAAAAUUCGCGUUGGUUGUUGUACAUUGGUUUAUAGAAAAAUUUUAAAAUUAACCAAAUGUACCAUUGACGAGGAAACAACUGUUGGUCAAAUUAUUAAUUUAUUAAGUAAUGACGUUCAUAGUUUGGAUUAUGCUUUAAAUGAUUUACAUUAUUUUUGGAUAUCUCCAAUUCAAGCAAUUAUUGUUGCAUACAUUAUGUACAUUGAAGUGCAAUCCGCUGCAAUUUAUGGAAUUUUAAUAUUAUUUCUUCUAAUUCCACUUUUAGUUUUUAUUGGAUUACAUGUUCCUAAGAUAACAAUAAAAUCCUCAUUUAAGACUGACGAUAGGCUUCGAUUAAUGAAUGAAAUAAUUAGUGGAGUACAAGUAAUAAAAAUGUAUGCCUGGGAAAAACCUUUUUCAUAUCUUGUGGAUCAAAUAAGGGCGAAGGAAAUAAGUGCAAUUAGAAAAUGUUCAUUUGUCGACGCCGUACAAAUGUCCUUCGACUCAUACAUCCCUCGUGUAUGUCUAUUUGUUACAAUUAUAACUUAUGCCUUGAUGGGAAAUCCUUUAUCUGCACACACUGUCUAUAUUAUAACAUCGUACUACAACAAUAUGCGAUAUUCUGUCAAUAUUUGCCUACAAUUCAGUGUGCAAAGAAUAGCAAAAGCUGUGGCUGCUGUAAAUCGACUAGAAAAUUUUUUAAAUUCCUCAGAAAUGGAAAAUCCAAUAAAUGAAACGCCAACUAAUGAGAAAAAUGUUAUUGAAAUUGAAGGAGCGUCAGCAAAGUGGUCUCUUGCAUGCAAAAGAGAUACUUUGAGUAAAAUUAAUUUGAAUGUAACAAGUGGUUCAAUAACGGCCAUUAUUGGUCAAGUGGGUUCAGGGAAAUCUAGCCUUCUUCAUGCAAUUCUUCGUGAAUUGCCACUCACUGAGGGAAAAUUACGAGUAUCGGGAAAAAUUGCCUACGUAAGUCAGGAGGCAUGGAUUUUUGCCUCAAGUAUCAGGCAAAAUAUUCUAUUCGGUAGGCCAAUGGAUCGCAAACGUUACGAGGCUGUCAUUAACGUUUGUCAAUUGGAUCAUGAUCUUGCCAUGUUUCCCGAUAAGGAUCAAACUAUUAUUGGCGAGAAAGGGAUAACGCUUAGCGGAGGACAGAGAGCAAGAAUCAACCUAGCUCGAGCUGUUUAUUCAGAAGCCGAUAUCUACCUCCUUGAUGAUCCCCUAUCGGCAGUGGAUACAAAAGUUGGAAGACUCAUCUUCCAGCAGUGCAUCAGUGAGUACCUUCGUGGUACAACGAGAAUCUUGGUAACCCACCAAUUCCAGUAUCUGAAGAACGUCUCAAAUAUUACUGUCCUCAAUAACGGUUCUAUUGAAGCUUCCGGCAAUUUUCAAGAACUUCAGAAUAAAGAUCUGGACCUUAUGAACGUUCGUCAGGCGACUUGUGACCUAGACGAUCAAAUAGCUGAGGAAACGACCACUACUGAUCUCCCCCGCAUCGAAUCAUCAGAAGGGCAGAUCCAGGAGCAAGAGGCAGAGGAAUUGGGAGAACAUCGUAGUUUUGGUCGUAUUGCUGGAAAAGUCUACUUCUCCUAUUUCAAGGCGGUGAAUAGUUGGUGUUUUGUGAUCAUGAUGUUCGUCGUUAGUAUUCUUAAUCAAGUGGUAGCCAGUGGUGGCGAUUUCUUCGUGGCUAUUUGGGUGAACGUUGAGGAAAAAUUGAACCGGACGGUUAUUCUCGGUGAUAGGAGUGAUGAGUUCGAUCGGUAUUGGUAUAUAGAGAUUUACGGAAUUUUGAUUCUGCUGACAAUUAUCAUGGUCUAUGUGCAGGUAUUUGUGUUCUAUGAGAUGUGCAUGAGGGCGUCGCAGAGGCUACACGCUUCUAUGUUUUCGAGAAUCAUUCGUGGAACGAUGCACUUUUUUCAUACUAACCCCUCCGGACGGAUUCUAAACAGAUUCUCAAAGGACAUUGGAGCAGUGGAUAGGCUGCUACCAAUCAGCAUGCUGGACGUUCUGACAAUUGGUCUGCUCCUGGUGGCUGUCAUCAUCAUCACAACGAGUGUCAAUCAAUGGCUGUUGAUUCCAACGAUUGUGAUGGGCUUUAUCUUCUACGUAUUCAAGGAGAUCUUCAUCAAGACGAGUCGUAGUGUCAAACGUCUAGAAGGAAUAACUCGUUCGCCAGUUGUCAAUCAUCUGAGUGCAACGCUGAAUGGCCUAACAACAAUCAGAGCAUUCGGUGCAGAAAGAAUCCUCACUAAGGAAUUCGACAAUCACCAAGAUCUUCAUUCAUCAUCCUGGUACAUCUUCUUCUCAUGCACAAGAAUUUUUGGCUACUAUCUCGAAUUCCUCUGCGCCAUUUACGUCGGCAUUGUUGUCUACUCAUUUCUUCUGGUCGAUCUUGGGGAGAACACCGGAAAUAUCGGACUCGUCGUCUCGCAAUGUAUCCUCCUAUCCGGAAUGUUGCAGUGGGGCAUCAUGCAAACGGCAGACAUGGAAAAUCAAAUGACAUCAGUCGAAAGAAUCGUCGAGUACACGAAGAUCGAAGAGGAGAAAUGCUUGGAAAGUGGUCCAGGAAAUAAAAUCCAAGACGGUUGGCCAGCAGAAGGACAAAUUGAAUUCCGUAACGUCUCAUUGCGUUACAAUCCAAAAAAAGAUCCGGUACUGAAGAAUCUCAAUUUUCUAAUUCAUCCAAAGGAGAAGGUGGGAAUUGUGGGCCGAACUGGUGCGGGGAAAUCAUCGCUAAUCACUUCUUUGUUUCGAUUGGCGCACUUGGAGGGUGAAAUUUAUAUCGAUGGACUGGCGACAAGUAAAAUGGGACUUCACGAUUUACGCUCGAAAUUGAGUAUUAUUCCACAGGAGCCUCUGCUUUUUGCCGGGAGUCUCCGAAUGAAUUUGGAUCCGUUUGAUGAGUUUAGGGACGAGGAUCUUUGGAGGGCGCUGACUGAGGUGGAACUAAAGGAGACAAUUGUAAAAAUGGAGGCUGGUUUGCAGGCGAGAGUUGCUGAUGGCGGUGGAAAUUUUAGUGUUGGACAGAGGCAGCUUUUAUGCUUGGCGAGGGCGAUUGUGAGAAAGUCGAGAAUUUUAGUUUUGGACGAAGCAACAGCCAAUGUUGAUCCACAGACUGAUGAUCUUAUUCAAAAGACUAUUAGGAGACGUUUCAAGGAUUGCACCGUUUUGAUUAUUGCUCAUCGACUUAAUACCGUUAUGGAUUGUGAUAAAUUCAUUGUCAUGGAAGCUGGUUCUAUUAUGGAAAUUGAUCAUCCCUUCAGGUUACUGGAGAAAAAGGAGGGGCACUUGUACGAAAUGGUUCAACAAACUGGACCUGAAAUGGCACAAAUACUAACAAGAAUGUCAGAAAAAAAUUAUUUGGAAAGUAGAUGAUGAAGAAGAUGAAGAAGAAGAUAGAGAGCAAAACGCAAAUAAUAUAAACAGUAUUUGAAGCAACAAAUUUCUUUUAGUAAAAUAAGUUAUUUUUGUAAGAUAUAAAAGUCUAUUUAAUAGAAUGUGUAAAAAUAAUGGCUAAAUGAUAUUUUUUUAAUUGUUACAAAGUGAAAGUUAAUAAAAAAAUAUUAAAAUUAA